GUUCAGAAACCCCCUCUCGGCAGAAUCUUCCGUCUUCCGCGUCCCCCGUGGAAGCCGAGGCGGGCAACAUGGAGGCGUCUUCGAGCGAGGCGCUGUUCAGCAACAGCGAUAAGAGCGUGGAGGAAGCCUUCAACCAGUUCUACACAGAGGUGAAACAAAUCGAGAAACGCGACUCGGUGCUCACCCCCAAGCAGCAAAUUGAGCGACUCACUCGCCCCGGCUCCACCUACAUCAACCUCAACCCCUACGAGGUGCUACAGCUGGACCCGGAGGCCUCGGACACGGACAUUAAGAAGCGAUUCAGACAGCUCUCUAUCCUGGUUCACCCGGACAAGAACCAGGAUGAUGCAGAGAGGGCGCAGAAGGCGUUCGAAGCCGUGGACAAGGCCUACAAGUCGUUGCUCAACGAGGAGCACAAGACGAACGCCCUGGAGGUCAUCACGGCGGCGCGGGAGCACGUGGAGCACAACAUCAAAGAGAAGAAGAAGCAGCUGAAGAAGCAGGGGAAGCCGCAGAUCGUGGAGGAGGAACUCGACCCUGAAGCGUACAAGAAGGCGCUACACAAGCAGACCAUGAAGCUGUUCGCUGACCUGGAGAUCAAGAAACGGGAGAGGGCCACUCGUGACAUGCACCAGAGGAAGCGACAACGCGAAGAGGAAAUCGAGCAGGAGGAGUCGGAGAAGAAGGAGAAGGAGUGGCAGAAGAAUUUUGAGGCGAGCCGUGACGGCCGCGUGGACAGCUGGCGGUCAUUCCAGUCGCAGGGCAAGAAGAAGGCGUCCAAGGAGAAGAGAUCCUUCCUGAAGCCCCCCAAGGUGAAGAUGGAGAAGAGAUGACGUGGACACGCGGUUACACACAGACACACAGACACACACAGGCACACACACACAGACACACACACAGACACAGACACACACAGACACACACACAGGCACACACACACAGACACACACACAGACAAACAGACGUAGAUACAAUACACACACAUACACACACACACAUACGGAGAAGAGAUCCUUCCUGAAGCCCCCCAAGGUGAAGAUGGAGAAGAGAUGAUGUGGACACGCGGUUACACACAGACAUACACACAG